GGGCUCCAAGCACUCGCCUCUGUUUGAGUUCUGCCUAGCUAUGACAUCAUUGUCUUAACCGUUUUUUCAUAUCAUUGAUUUUCCCAUAAACCGUUUGUAUAAAACUCGACUGGUUGUUGUUCACAUUUUACCAUUCGACACAUCAGCCCUUUUCUUUAUUUGCGUAUAUGUAACACAGAAAAACAAACACAAAAAGUAGUUAUUAUACUUAAUGUUUCACUUAAUAUAAACUCUACGUUUUUGAAAAAAAAAAGGUUCUGAGCUAUAUGCUGAAUGUGUAGUGCCGAAUAAGCAGCUAGCAGAGUCUGUAAUUGUCUUGGCAAAGAUGUCUGCCGCAGAAGAAGAUACUGAGCUUCGGGACCUGCUGAUACAAAACUUGGAAAAUAGCUGGGUCCUCAAUAAAUUAAAGGCAGAACUCCGAGCAGCUGUGUUUCUAGCUUUGGAAGAACAGGAAAAAGUAGAGAACAAAACUCCUUUGUUUAACGAAAGCUUGAAAAAGUUUUUAAACACAAAAGAUGGACGAUUGGUGGCCAGUCUUCUGUCUGAUUUUUUGCAGUUUUUUAACCUGGACUUCACAAUGGCAGUUUUUCAGCCUGAAAUAAACACAUUGAAUGGAUUGGAAAGCCGAGAUGCUGUAGCCAGAGAGCUGGGAAUUCUGGAGACAGAGGCAACCAAAGGGGCACCGCUGCUGUUGGAAUUAAUGAAGAGGGGUCGCCACAAAGAUAGAGGCUCCAGUUUUGCAGAGGGUGAUCGGGCUGUACAUAUUCCUAAGGAAUUAUCUCCAAAUCACAUCGCUGAAGCCAGGAAAAAGUUUGAUCAUUAUGAUAAGGACAGAAGUGGUGAGAUAAGCAAAGAAGAAUUGAGGACACUAUUUACAGAUCUUUUCCCUUACUUUCAUAAGAAUAUGCUGGAAAUGUACAUUACUGACGAGUUCAGAGCUGUGGAAAAAGAUUUUAAUAACUCUAUUGACUUUGACCAGUUUCUUCGGAUGUACAAGCGUUUAUUUAUCCAGUGUAGAAGUGUGGUGACAAACGAUAUCUGUGACAUUGUUCAAACACCAAGCAAGAUCCUUGAGGAGAAUCUAAAUUCUACAUCAGUAAGCAAGGUUAUUGAAUCCAGCCUUAGCGAAUUAAGUGUGCCGACUGGAGGUGUGAAGAAUAAAAGCAAUGUCCAGAUAUCGGCCAAUGAAUCAAAACUGGAUUCAAAGCGCCGCAGCAACGUUCCAGCAGUGAAGAAGGGUGAAGAUUUUGAUCUGGAUGAUGAAAAGGAUGAAGAUUCUUUCUUUGAUGAUCCUUUGCCUAAACCUGAGAAAACAUAUGGCAGGAUCACUGGUAAAAACAAUGACACAGAUGAAGAGACUGAGGAUCCCUUUGCAGAGAAUGGUAACAGACACAACCCUGAAGAGAGGACAGAUUCAAGUAGGCCGAUGGGAAGCCUUGCAUCUCUUUCCGAUGCACCUCCUUUAAAAACUGGUUUAGGGUCCCUGGCUGGAGUGCCCCCACUUAAAGGACCUUAUGACAUAGGUAAUGGCAAAGUUAUUGAAUUGAAAGACCUGAAAACAAUGAAUGAGAAAAUAGGCUCCCUUGGAUUAGGAGAUGAAGAUGAUGAUUAUGACGAUGAUUUUAACAGUAUCAGCCAUCGAUCAGAUAAAACUAAAAGUGAAGUUAGCAUUGGAGAAGAGAUUGAAGAAGAGCUAUCUACUGAAGGGGUGGAUUUCAAUGCCAGUGAUAAGCUUGAUGACUUAACACUGGAUCGCAGCAUUUCACAGUUCAGCGAAGCUGUUGACUACAUGGAGGAAGUUGCAUAGACAUGCCUUAAUGUACAAUAGAUAUGACGGCACUUUUCAGAUAAUCUUACUUUACUCAAAAACUGGAACUUGAAAACCUUGCUGUGCCUUUUGUUACAGAUAUAUACUAAACUGAAACUUGACUGCAUUUUCGUAAAACUGUACAGAGCAGGCGGUUACAACUGUUAAGGUUAUUCAGUCAGGACUGUGCAAUUUUAAAGUGUUUGUUUUGUGUUACAUUUCAGACAAAAUGGUUGUAUUAAUAUUGUGGAAAAACAUAACCAACAUUUUGAUCACACAACCCUGCUGUAGCUAGACAGUGAAAUACCCUAAAGGUAAAAUAUGGACAGCUUAUAAAAGCUUUCAUAUGGCUGCUUCACAGAGAAUGCUUAGCUUGAUCUUGUACUACCUUAAAAUGUAGCUCAAGAAUGGUGCUAGCAGGGUCUGUGAAUCCAUACAAUAGUGAUUAUUGCUUUUGUAUUUCUACUGUAGUUACAGUACACCUUUAUUGCUCAUCGGUGCCUAGACAGUGCAGCCAGUGACCUACUGAAGCAGCAAGAGGAUCUUUAUUGAACACAAAAGGGAGUAAAACAGUUUUAAUAAAAUUAUAUUGUGGUGGAAGGGUAUUGCUAAGUGAAUACAAGUUAUUGGAGAGAACACUACUGUAAAUAAAAGACCAAAAAAAAAGUUUAAUUUAGCUAAUGGUAACAGUAUAAUGUGCUACUUUGUUUUACUGUUGUGCUUAAAAUACAUUUUGCACUAUUGAUUUUUCUGUAAUUUCUGAAGAAUAUACCUCAAAAGGGCCAGAGGAGGGGGUACUCGUGAAGUGUCUAAUCCUAAUUUUCUAGAUUUACCACAACCAGCAUUAGUUACUUACAAUUACUGAUCUGGUACCAAUCAUUUCAAAUGAUCUGUUAAUAUUAAAAGAGCAAUAAUGUCUCACUAGGUUAUGAAUUGUAUAUAUAUAUGUAUAUUGAUCUGGUUGUCUUUUUAAGUAUUUAUGGCUAUCUUUUAAGGUUUGGGCUUUUUAAAAAUCUAUAUUGAAUUUGUUGUUUAAAAAAAAAAAGACAACACAGUACAGAGUUAAGUAUCCAGAAGUACAGCCUGUAUCUAACUCGAUUGUCAAAACAAAAAAUACUAACUGCUUACAAUAAAAAAUAGAGCAUGGAUUUUGCUGGAUACAAGGGUUCAUAACUGGCUGAGUUAUGCAGGCAAAGCUUUAUUAUUACUUUUUGGUCUCUCAAUGCAGCCUAGUUACUCAGGGUAAAUUAUCCUGAAAGUCAACUAGUCAGAUUAUUUGAUGUUGCACUGUACAUAUAAAUGUCCUUAAAUGCCUUUUUCUUGCUGAAGUAUGUCUAUGUUUGCAAAAAUGCAAUUGGAAUGUUAAAUGAUUAAAAAUGACCUCUAAAUCA